AAUUAAUUACCAGCAGUCCAUGCUCCGCUGUCCACACCCAAAACUAGUUUGCACCUCCAAGAUAAAGGUCUCUCUGCAUCUUCGGUUUACUUUUUCUCUGCGCUCUUCUUUGAUACAGAGAAGCAGAUAUUCUUCGUUUCGCCUUCGUUUCUGUUCGGCUGGAGCCAUCUCACACCUUAACUAAUCAUUGGAAGCAACUAUGACCACUGCUGGCGAAACUGGGGUUCCGGCUAGGCUUGAGGGGAAGUCCAAGGCCAUGGUGUUCUGUUGGGUCCUUGGACUUGGGUCUCUUGUGGCUUGGAACAGCAUGCUGACCAUCGGAGAUUAUUACUAUAAAGUUUUCCCGCAUUACCAUCCUUCAAGGGUGCUUACCAUUGUUUAUCAACCAUUUGCAAUUGGGACACUGGCUAUCUUAACGUACCACGAAUCCAAAGUCGAUACGAGGAAGAGGAAUAUAAUUGGAUACAUUCUUUUCACUCUAAGUACACUCUUUCUCUUAGUUUUGGACUUAGCGACUUCAGGGAAAGGGGGAGUUUGGCCUUAUUUCGGUAUAUGUGUGCUCGUUGCCUGCUUUGGAGUGGCCGAUGCUCAUGUUCAGGGUGGUAUGGUCGGUGAUCUGUCUUUCAUGUGUCCUGAAUUCAUGCAGUCGUUUUUUGCUGGAAUAGCUGCAUCAGGAGCUCUAACAUCUGGUAUGAGGCUGAUCACGAAAGCAGCCUUUGACAAGGCUCAUGACGGACUUCGCAAGGGAGCUAUGUUGUUUCUAGCAAUCUCCACAUUCUUCGAGUUCAUCUGUAUCAUUCUGUAUGCGACUUGGUUUGCUAAGAUUCCAAUUGUGAAGCACUACCGCUCAAAGGCAGCCUCAGAAGGUUCCAAAACUGUCUCAGCUGAUCUUGCUGCCGCUGGAAUCCAAACACAGGAUGGAGACUCUAAAGAAGAUCGAUUGAGCAAAAAACAACUAUUGUUUCAGAACAUAGAUUAUGCCAUUGAUCUAUAUCUUAUAUAUGUUUUGACACUAACAAUCUUCCCAGGCUUUCUCUAUGAGAAUACCGGAACACACCAGUUGGGAUCAUGGUACGCACUCGUUCUGAUUGCUAUGUACAAUGUAUGGGAUCUCAUAUCUCGGUACAUUCCCCUCAUUGGCUGGCUCAAGUUAGAGUCCCGAAAGGGCCUCUUGAUCGUGAUUCUCGCCCGUUUCUUGCUUGUCCCCGCAUUCUACUUCACGGCAAAGUACGGCGAUCAAGGGUGGAUGAUAAUGCUCGUUUCCUUCUUGGGCUUGAGCAAUGGAUAUCUCACUGUCUGUGUUAUGACAGUAGCACCCAAAGGCUACAAGGGACCAGAGCAAAAUGCCUUGGGCAACUUGCUUGUGCUUUUUCUCUUGGGUGGGAUAUUUUCGGGAGUUUCUUUGGGCUGGCUGUGGAUCAUACACCACGACAAGUUCUAGUGAGCAGCACUGGGGAAGGGAGUUAUUGUCCCAAGGGAAGGAAAUGAUGGGAUCUUCCCAUUCGCAGAUAUUGAAAAGGAGACAACAAGUCACACUUCGCUUUCUCUUCAAAUGAAAAAGCUCGUCGAUUCUACAAUUAGAAUAUAAUGAUACAUUUGUAAUUAUUAAUUGCAAGUAAACUGGAAUGUAAUGAUAUAUUUGUAUUUAUCAAUUGCCAGCAAACAUUUCGUUUCA